AUGAUGAAAAUAACAGCCCUUAAUGAAGAAGUAAAAGAGGAAAGUGAUGAUGAAGAUGUGCCUACGAUUACAAAAGAAGCUCAAGAACAAAUCGCCCUUACGGAAUACAACAAGGCUUUAGAAUUGAUAAAGCAAAACAAGAAGGAAGAUGCUCUUAAUAUUUUUAAAGAUCUCUUGGAGACUGAACUAUUAGAUCAAGUUGAAAAACCAGAAACACCUGAUGGCAGAUACAGACCAAUGUUGUCUUUAAAGUAUUCCUGUUUUAAGAAUAUCGGAGCGAUACAGGUAGAAUUGGAAAAUUAUGAAGAGGCUAUUGAAAAUUACUGGGAAGCUGCAAACUUAGAUGACACAGAUGUUACACUCUGGUAUAGGUUAGGAACAUUAGCGAUGAAGACAUUUAAAUUAAUAUUUGCAUGCACAUCUUUCAAACAAGGUUUGAAGUGUAAUCCUAAUCAUUGGCCGUGUCUUGAUAAUAUCAUAACUGCCUUAUAUGCCGUUCCUAAUUAUAUGAGCUGUCUUUUAUACAUUUCCAUGGCAUUAGAACGUGAUCCUAGUUAUGUUAAGGGCUUAGCCUUCCGUGAAAAAAUUUAUAAAGACAUUCCUUACUUCCAAGAGUGUUAUAAAAUGUAUAACGUCGAUUGGGCUCUAGAUCCUCCAUUAAGUACGGAAUACGAUCAUGUUUUUGGUGAUAAAUUAUUGGCAGAAGCACAUGAGUUAGCUUCUAAAUGGGCAGAAUCUUGUAAGCCAGAAUAUACACGUAAACCAUUACCAGAUUUGGCACUGAGAAGACCUAUAACUAAGUAUACAUGGUACGAGUUAGGUGAAAGUUUAGUGGAUAUGCACAGAUAUAUUGCAGAACAUGAUGAUCUGAAUUUCGUUAGUCGUAUCAAAUUAGAAGUACUCAAACCUGCUGAACAAACAGUUGAACUAAAUACCAAUGAAAAUAAUAUCAAAGGAGACAAUGAAAUGGAAGUAAAUGGUGGAAUUGAAGAAAAUCUGAAUGACAAGGAUGAGGAUGGAGAAAAAAUCAGUAAAGCCGAUAUAGACAAUGAAAAUAUUGAAAUGUUUGUUAAUUUUAAUGAUGAUGGGGUCUUUGAUAAUGAUUUACAAACUGGAAUGGAAGUAGAGGUUGAAGAUGACAGGAAGUCUAGUUCAAGUGAUAUUCAAAUAAUCGAAGAUGAGGAUCCAUUGAGGAUUGAAUCUGAAAUCAUACAAUUUGAACAACCAAAUCAUGAAACGAAUACAGGCUUUGAUGAGCCAGUAAUUAUGGGCAUCGAUAUUACCAGUGAAAAAUCACACAACGAUAAAAUCUUAGAAAACAUUAGUAACUUGGAUAAAUUUAGUGGAACCGAGGUAGUGGAUUUAAAAGUAAACAGCAAGGGUAGUGAUAAGUCAAAUGAUAAUAUAUUGGAGAAGCGUAACGAAAAGUCCAAUGAGAAGUCGUUAAAGAACGAUGAAAAGUCAAAUGAGAAAACGGAAAUGAAAGAGGAAGGCCAAAAGGUGAAGAAGAAGCGUAGAAAUUCAUUAAUAUUUCUUCAGCAAUGGGCGUGGAGUGGGAGCAGUAUGCGAAGGUCUGCAAGAGUUAGAAGCUCAAAUAGAAGAGAAACUGAACGAGAUGAUGUGCAACUUGAAGAAAAUCUGAGAAGAUUGUUUCCUAGUACUUUGCUUCCAGAUACUGUAAAAUUGACCAAAGAGGAUCCAACUAAGGGUAUUGAAGAUUCCAUGAAUACAAUGGAUUUGUAUCAAUUAUUCGAAAACCGAGAAAAUAACAGUAAUAUGACGGAUGGCACAAAAAGUUCUGAAAGCUCGAAACCAUCUAGUCCUGAUGUUAGUGACCAGCAAGAAAAAUAUUUUGAUACAGAAGAUGAAAUUGCAGACGUUAAUGCAUUCAUUAAUGAUCAUAGCGGUAAAAGUAAUCUAAUGAUUAUAAUAGCCAGGUUUACAGAAUUUUUGUGUACGAAAUGGAAUCACGAGUGGCCUAAAGGAAUGACAGAUUUAUAUAUACAAGCUUACAUGUUCACAAGGGAGCAUAUACCUCAUCCAUCACCGUUUGGUGACGAGACGGAUGAUUCAAUUUUGAAAAGUGAUGCCGAGAUGACUUUACUGUUUGGUGAACUUCACACUGACAAAUGGUUGAAUGACAAACCAGACAUUUUGCCACAUUCAACUAUAGAUAAACUCGGCACUGGAAUACCUUCUGAAGAAUUGGGACAAAUUAUUUUCACCAGUGCUCGAGAUGACUUAUUCAAGGAACAGUAUACGCCCUUUUUGAUAAGAUUGCUAUGGCUCAAAGCUAAUAUAUUUUUAUGCCAAGGAGACACAGAUAUUGUCAUUGGAACGCUUGAAUUGCUCCUUAAUCAUCUGCGAAAUCUAGAUGCUACGAGACGAAGUAUGAUUCUCAAACUUCCAAACUGUAAAUACAUUUCCCACGUUAGCACACGUAUUGUGGAAAAAAUGCUGAUAUCUAUACAGAGGAGUCGUAAACUAGGUGAGAUUCAGUACUUGUAUGAUGAAAAAAAAUACGCUGAAUUAGCCAGUAUUUUGCAAGACACGUUUAAAUUUGCAAAACACAGACCAAAAUUGAUGCCAAACGCAGAGGUGAUCGUAGAUCGUGUUCAACAGUUGGCAAUGUUACUUGACAGUUUAUGGCAACUACAAAGAUAUGAGGACUGUUACGUUUGGGGAGAGGCUUGUUUAAGUGAAGCAUGGCAGAAUUACAUAAACGCGAGUGAAUCUGAACAAAAAAAGUGGAUAGGCUCUGUCUUGAACGCUCUUGAGAAAUUAGAUGCCUGUACGACAGAAGUUAGUGCCUUUAUCGUGACUUACUUACCGGAAGGUCGAAUUUCACGAUUAGUGCAAAAUUUGGUACAUAUUGUGUGCCAUCAGCUGGAUGUUCCAGAAAAUUCAGUAGCUAUGCCAGUGGAAACAGUAUUGCCUUGGAUCUUGUUGCAUUAUAUCCUACAGUAUGAAGAAGAUAAGGAGAGAGCGAAACCGGUGACUCCAGUAAAGCACAAAACGCAGAAUUCUCACAACUCAGAAUCAGAAGACGAGGAUGAGGACAUACCUCCCUCAUUGAUGAUCUUAUUUACAGCACACGAAUUCCUUGGACGUCACUCCUGGUGCUGCGCCAAUGAAGCAAAACUGUUAUUCUUCACAAUGAACCUAAUCAUCCCACGGUUGAGAUCGCCACUCUACGCUCCGAGAAAAGGAAAGCUCACGAAAUUUUUAGAGCAGAUAUUUUUUUGCCUCUAUGCGCAUCCUAGUAGGACUAACAACAAAGGUAAACCAAAACACCUAGAGGAUCAUGGGGUAUAUGCAAUACCAGAUGCGUUAACCUGGGAAGGAGCGCAGUUGCUAUUCGACUUCUAUAAACCUGACACUUUGCCGGAUGUGCAGAGCCACAAAACUGUAUCAAUCAAUGCGGAAACGGAAGCUCUCUUUAGGAAAAUAACGCGUUUGGUUCCGCGUGAGAGUGAUCCUAAUUACAUAACUGAAAAGAUGAUUGCAUACAUAUUGGGCGAGAGAGAGAAAAUGCCAAGUGUGGAGAAGCCAUUACCCUAUCAGAUAUCUUCUAUAUACUAUUUGCUUGGAGAUUAUUAUUUCAAAAAUAGUAAAUGGCAAGAUGCGUAUAGAUAUUAUUUGCUGGACUUAUGCCUCAAUCCAACAAGAUCCUGCUCAUGGGCUGCUCUGGCUAUGGCUACUGGUACACAAAUGGAAAAUUCAUUAAAUGAUGGCACCACGUUGAAGUUGAAUGAGAACAAGUUCCUCGAUAAAGCUAAGAUAGCGCAGUGCAGCUAUCAGCGGGCUGUUGAUCUGGCACCGCAUUUAUUGUACUGGAUCGAAUAUGGAAAUUUUGUUUACACCAUACAUUCUUAUUGUUCACGAUUGCUUAAACAGGAGUCUGACACAUUGAGUAUGGAACGAUUUGAAAUUUUGGAAACGAGAAAAGAAAACAUGCUUGAUCUUGCGGCUCACUGCUUUUUAUCUGCAAAUCGUGUGUUCAUUGCAUCUCAGGCUAUUGACAACAGCACUGAAAUUCACGAUGAACGAUGGCUCCAUCAGUAUAUGCUCGCUAAAAUUGCAGAAAAGAAAAACGAAGAUCCACCAGUUUUUUUGGAACAUUAUGCGAAGGCUAGUGAAUUAUUGUACGAAAAUAACGCCCAUUAUCCACGUCGAAUUAAUUACAAAAAUCCUCAGAAUCUGUCAAUCGAAGCAUUAGAGGUGCAUUAUAGAAUUCAUGCGAGUAUUCUGAAAUAUUUAGAGCAACAUGAAGGAAAACCUUUAAAGAAAUCGUUAGGACAAUUAUUUCAGCAGUAUUUGAAGAACUGUGCCGAAGGUCCAUUUAUGAAGUAUCAGUCGAAACUUACUGACAAGAAAAAGGAAGAUGGAUCUGAUUCUGACAGUAGACACAUUAUGAGAGAUAACGAAAAUCUACUUGAGACCAGCAAAAACGUUGUCACCAUACAACAAAGGUCCAAUAGUAUCGAAGAGAUCGAGAUAAUCGAUAAGACGAAUGUCAAAGUCGAAUCCAGUAAGUCCACUGAACAAGGAAAAAACGAAAGUCGAAAAAGAUCACCUGAGGAUAUGAUGUCUGAUAACAAUAAGAAAAUUAAACUCGGGAGUAUUUCCCACUUGCAAUUGAUGCAAGAUGUUGUAGCGUUAAUUGAUGACCUUAUCACCAAGGUUUGUGAUAUGGUUACGCGAAAGAAUGCAACAGCGGACGAUAUUAUGAUUUUAUCCAGUGACGAAGGUGAUGAGCAAAUAUCACAAAGAGCAAAGAAAGACAGUAGCGAGAGUGGAAAAGUACAAGGAAAGACUAAUGAAACAAAAAAUCACAACCAAGACACAAAAUCAGAGGAAGACCGUCUUGAAAUGGUUGUGAAGGAUGGGAAUAUACAAGACUUAAUGGAUGUGCUUAUGAAGGAGGCAAUGGAGGGUCAGGAAACUCAGCAAUCCAUACCCGAUGAAGAGGAUACCCGAAAGUCUGACGGAAAAUGGCUACAAAACGAAGAUGUGCAGGCGCAAGCGCAGGAUAAGGAGUGUAAGGAUAGACCUGAAGAAAAAAAGAAGACGCAGAUAGAAACAGUCAAAGAGGAAGUGACUUUAAGUCGCAGAGGGUCACAAGAAAGUACAACCACUACGCAAACAACGACAACAACAGAAACAAAUAAUUCUAGUUCCAGUAGUAGCGAUGAUUCCAGUAGCAGUGAUGAUAGUUCUGACAGUGAUAGCUCGAGUGAGAGUGAUAGUGAGUCCGAAAGUGAUGCAGAUAAAAAGAAAAAGGACACUGAAUUUAAAGAAAAAGAAGAAUAUUUAUGUGAAGAAGAAGUAGCUACAUUGAUAGCAUACUGUUUGGCUGGUCUGGAACAAUGUGUUUUGCGAUUUCGUGAACAUUACAAAUCCUUGUAUCGGCUCUCUCAUUUUUUCUUCAACAAUAAGAUAGCGAAAGACACAGCCAAGUGUAGAGAUCUACUUCUAGGAACGUAUAAUUGCCAAUUUUAUCCUGGACAGUCAUUUCCGGGCUUGUUUGCUGACAGAAAAGGAACCAACUUCUUUAACGGUAUAUGGCGAAUCCCAAGUGGAGAAAUUGACAGACCUGGAAGCUUUGCUUCUCACAUGUCACGAUGCGUCACUCUACUGAUGCAAGUUUUAAAGGAAACGGAUGACAGCCGAAUGCUUAUGGAAUUAUGCGUACAGCUACGUAAAACCCCAGAAGCAGAUAAAAAAUAUUUGAGGGAUUCAGAAAGGGAGCAACUCUCCUGUCAAGCGUUAACCAUGUGUCUACAAUCUUUACGUACUAGAAUACAAUCUAUGGGUACCAUUACCGCUUCUGAAAGCACUCAUCCCUCUAAGCCUGAUUCAAAGGCGCAAGUUCUCAUAGAUAUAUACAAGAUAUACCAACAGGUGCAAAAGAAUUUUCAAGGAAAGGAACCAACGAUACAUACGUUUGCUUCUCUGCUGAGUGACACAUACAAAGCUUACACCGGACAGAAGAACACAGAUGGAAAUACUUUGGAGAACGCUAUGAAAUUUUGUCAGCAACAAAUUCUUGCAAUGAAGAAUAUGGCGUGUAAUAGUACGGGUCACAUUAAUGUACAAACACCCACCGCUGCAUCGAGUCCGGUGACUAUACCACUAGCACAGACAAUGCCAACUUCUCCUCAAAUUUCACAAUCACGUAAACCAUAUCGUGCUUCAAGUUCGUCUGGUCGACCUAGAGGACGUCCACCGAAUGUCAAUAAGUAUCUCCAAGCCGCUCAGCAGAGCGGUAAUUUAUUGAACCAAUUCAAUCCCAAAGGUGGCUUCGGAAAUUAUCUUGGUCUGCCAAACAACCCUGCGCUCCUAUCCGCGUAUUUUAUGAAUCCUUUACUCGAUUCUAAUAUGAUACCGGCGAUGUUGGCUUCAGGCUUGAGUGGUAACAUGAUGAAUCCGCUUUCGGCCAUGUACUUAAAUCAAAUAGGCUGUUAUCAAGAUAUGGUUCGACAAUUUCAAAAUCUACCAGCAAUGUCAAAUCUGAAUAGUGGCCUCAGCAACUCGUCCAGCACUGUACCUAACAUCAGCAACGUCUUAACAAUGAGUACUGCCGGCAGCAAUGUAAAUACUUCAAGCAGCAUGAGCCACUUAAGCAACCUGAAUAAUUCAGGAAGUUUGACAGUACAACAAUUGUUAAAUCUAAGCAGUACAGCAGCAUCCACAUCACGGUCUACACCUACUUAUCAACAAGCAACAACUAAGACCACUACGACAACGUCAACUACUAAGGAACGACCGAAUAUUUCUAUAACUCCAGUUAGUACACUAUUAUCUCAAAAAACAAAAUCCUCUAGACAGGGUUCACAUGCAGAUGCAUUGCCUGCUCAUAUGUCAAAACCUCUUCAACUUCCUCAACCUUCAAAGUCUGUGUUGCAUCCGCCUACAACGCAGGUAUCUCUACUUAAACCCUCGGUGAUGCAACAAGUGAAGAGCAUUCCACCAAAACAGAUGUCAGCACCUCAAAUUCGAGUUUCAAAAUCUUUGAUAGAACCACAGCCCGCACAUAAUUCCUCGUUAUCUCAUUCACCAUUAAAAAAUAACAAUCCAUCAAAUUCAAAUGCACUACCGCAAGUUGCUCAUACAUCUUUAAAUUCGUCCUUGAACCUGAAACCAUCUAUUCCCAUGAAUUUGCAAUCGUCACGGACCGGCACCUCCUUACAGCAUAAAUUGCUAUCGAAGAAACAUCUGCAUCGUUCACAACUACCGCCAAAUAUCCAAAAUCCUAUAAAGAAGAAAAAAUCGCCCAAUAUUGUCCCAUCGAUGCCAAAUAAUUUUCAAAGUUUGAUAAACACAAUGUCGGCUGCUCCACCAAUGACGCAAUCGGCUUUUCUACCUGCUGAAUUAAAUGCUAUAUCUGUGAGUGCCAUAUCCUCGAGUGCUCCAAAAAGCUCUAAAGUUCCGGGAUACAGAAAGCCUUCGAAAUCGAAAGCACCAUCCAUGGAUAUUACAAGUUCUAUGACGAGUGCACUACCCCAGACGAAUUCCGUCGAUGCCCUCUCGAUGCUAUCGCAACUUCAGCAACAUUCGCAUUUAGAAAUAAUUCCUCAACAGAAAAGUCAAAUGAAGUCAAGCAUAGACUUUUCAAAAAAUGUGCCCACUGCGCUUAGUGUGGUGCAACAAAAAAUUUCGGACACGGCUAGACCGGCGAGUUCGGAUUGUAUGUCUGUAUAUGAAAUGUCACGAGGAAAACCCAGUGGUAUUAGCAGCAGUAUAUCGAAAAAAGCAGAUAAACUGGGGAAAGAUAGUGUGGAAAUAAUUACGUUAGACGACUGAACAUUAGAUAUAUUAUUUUAAUUUAAAUUGUAUUACGAAUGCAUUUUUUCAAUUAAUUGAUUGUCUUCUUGCUUGUCGAAAUCGACAUGAAAAAUAAUGAUGCAAUAUCGAAUAUUAGACAUUUUCAUUAUUUGAAUAAAAUAUUUAUACAUGGUACGUUGAGACGGAUAAUUAUAAGGCGGAUAAUUAUUAUCAUAGAUCAUGUAACGUACAUUUCCCGUAUGAUAAACACAAUGAUUUAUUUUUGUACUGUGUCCCUAUUAGAUCCGAUCGUAAGUACAGAAUGCUUUCUCUUUAAUUCUAAUGUCUUUUGUACACAUGCGCUUCGCAAGAUGCCAAUUUGUUAUAAUUAUUAUAUUAUUAUGUUACAUUAGACGCAUGAUCGUGAGAUCUUCAGAAGUUUUAAAAAUCUGAUAAUAUCGAUAUAAGGCUCCCAUUAUUGAAACAGGUAUGUUUCGAGCAAAAAAUUUGUGAUAAAAAAUUGUCUCCCAAUGUAAAGUAAUUGGCGUACGAGCAGUAUAUUAAUUUAUAUUAUUUAUGUUUCGCAGAAAAACGAAUAAAUGCAAUUUACUACAACUCA